ACGAGCUCGGGCGAGGGAGUUACCGACAAUGCCACCUUCUACUGUGGAAGGAAGGGCUUUGAGGAAAUCAAUGGCUACACCAGCCAGAGCCCUAAUCAACCCAUCUCUCACAACUACAGAUUUCAAUGCGGCAGUCCGCAUAAACUCCCUUCUGAAAAUUCUAAACCCACAAAAACCCGACCGCUCUAAUCUGGGUUUAGCGGCUCUCAACCGUUUCUCGCCUCUCCUGAAACCAAGCCUUGUAAUCCACGUAAUCAAAUCUCAGGCCAACCCUCACCGUGCCCUCUUCUUCUUCAACUGGGCUUCAAACCCUAACCCUAAUCCCAACAAUUAUUCCCACACUCACCAUUGCUACGCGGCCAUCACCGACCUCCUCCUCUCCCACUCUCUCUUCUCCACCGCUGCCUCACUCCUUCAAGAAUCCAAUAGACUCAAUGAUUUCUUGGUCAGCAGGUUUAUCGCAGUUCAUGGCGGACGAGGGGAUAUCGGAGCCGCCAUGGAUUGGUUUCACAAGGCCAAGUUGAUCGAGAACGGGAAAUGCUUGUUUUCGUACAAUGCGAUUUUGGGUGCUCUGGUUAGGGCUGACAGGAUGAGUGUAGCUAAGGAAAUAUAUGAUCAGAUUGUGAAGGAAGGUAUGGUGAAGCCCGAUGUCUCGACUUGUAGCGUAAUGAUUAAUGGGUUUUGCAAAAUGGGUGAAAUGGAGAAUGCCCAGAAGGUGUUUGAUGAAAUGAUUUGUGAGCCAGAUGUGAUUACUUACAGUACCAUGAUUCGUGGGUUUUGUAAGAUGGGUGAUUUUGAUAGCGCAAGGAAGGUUUGUGGUCAGAUGAGGGAGAAAAAGGAUUGUUUGCCCAAUACAGUAACAUAUACAAUUUUGAUUGAUGGGUAUUGCAAGAAAGGCGAGUUGGAGGAGGCGAUCAAGUGUAUGAAUGACAUGGAGAAGCAGGGAUGUGAGCCCAAUCAAGUUACUUACAGUGCUCUGAUUCAUGGAUUUUGUAAAAAGGGUGAUCUUGAUAGUGCAAGGAAAGUGUUUGAUAAAAUGAUUUGUGAGCCAGAUGUGAUUACUUACAAUACCAUGAUUCUUGGAUUUUGUAAAAAAGGUGAUCUUGAUAGUGCAAGGAAAGAGUUUUGUCAGAUGAGGGAGAAAAAGGAUUGUUUGCCCAAUACAGUAACAUAUUCAAUUUUGAUUGAUGGGUAUUGCAAGAAAGGCGAGUUGGAGGAGGCGAUCAAGUGUAUGAAUGAAAUGGAGAAGCAGGGAUGUGAGCCCAAUCAAGUUACUUACAGUGCUCUGAUUCAUGGAUUUUGUAAAAAGGGUGAUCUUGAUAAUGCAAGGAAAGUGUUUGAUAAAAUGAUUUGUGAGCCAGAUGUGAUUACUUACAAUACCAUGAUUCUUGGAUUUUGUAAAAAAGGUGAUCUUGAUAGUGCAAGGAAAGUGUUUUGUCAGAUGAGGGAGAAAAAUGAUUGUUUGCCCAAUACAGUAACAUAUUCAAUUUUGAUUGAUGGGUAUUGUAAGAAAGGCGAGUUGGAGGAGGCGAUCAAGUGUAUGAAUGAAAUGGAGAAGCAGGAUUGUGAGCCUGAUCUGUUUACUUACAGUUCUUUAAUUUAUGGUUUCUGUAAGACGGGUGAUUUGGAUAGGGCGAGGCGAGUUUUGAGUCGGAUGAGGGAGAGCAAGGAUUGUUUGCCCAAUACGGUAACUUAUACAACUUUGAUUGACGGGUAUUGUAAGAAAGGCGAGUUGGAGGAGGCGAUGAAGUGCAUGAGUGAAAUGGAGAAGCAGGGAUGUGAGCCCAAUCAAGUUACUUACAGUGCUCUGAUUCAUGGUUUCUGUAAGACGGGUGAUUUGGAUAGGGCGAGGCGAGUUUUGAGUUGGAUGAGGGAGAGCAAGGAUUGUUUGCCCAAUACGGUAACUUAUACAACUUUGAUUGAUGGGUAUUGUAAGAAGGGCGAGUUGGAGGAGGCGAUGAAGUGCAUGAGUGAAAUGGAGAAGCAGGGAUGUGAGCCCAAUCAAGUUACUUACAAUGCUCUGAUUCAUGGAUUUUGUAAAAUGGGUGAAAUGGAGAAUGCUCAGAAACUGUUUGAUGAAAUGACCUGCGAGCCAAAUGUGAUUACUUACAAAACUAUGAUUCAUGGGUUUUGUAAGGCGGGUGAUUUUGAUAGUGCGAGGCGAGUUUUGAGUCAGAUGAGGGAAAGUAAGGAUUGUCUACCCAAUAACGUAUUCAACUUUGAUUUUGAAAAGCUUGUUCGCGACAUGCUUUUGAAUGGUCGCGAGCUUGAUACCCCCUCCAUGUUGGAGAGCUUUUCGGUUUUGGUCAAGGAAAAAGGGAUGGCAGUUGAGGGUAAGACGUUAUUUGAUGGGAAAGAAUGGAGGUUACUUGAUCGUGAAACAACAGUAAUGCAGUUCGUCAGCCUCACGGACUCUUCCCCCUUUAUCAAAUUCGCUUUAUUAAUCCAUUUCGUUCCGAUUCAAAUCCGUCCCAUCUCUCUCUGUCUCCCACACGCCCACUCUCUCUCUCUCCUCCCUCCUCUCUCCUCUCAGACUCAGAGUCAGAGGUCAAAAUAUUUCCCAACCUUUCCCUCCUCUUUUUUUCCCCCACUCUGCAAUUGUGAAGACAUGGACAGCGGUGCUCCGUACAACCCGCGCACGGUGGAGGAGGUCUUCAGAGACUUCAAAGGGCGGAGGGCCGGCAUGAUUAAAGCUCUCACCACCGAGGUCGAAGACUUUUUUCAGCAGUGUGACCCUGAGAAGGAAAAUCUUUGCCUUUAUGGAUUUCCAAGCGAGCAGUGGGAGGUUAAUUUGCCUGCGGAGGAGGUUCCCCCAGAGCUUCCGGAGCCAGCGCUUGGUAUCAACUUUGCGAGAGAUGGGAUGCAAGAAAAGGACUGGUUAUCCUUGGUUGCUGUCCACAGUGACGCAUGGUUGCUUGCAGUGGCAUUUUAUUUUGGUGCUAGGUUUGGAUUUGAUAAGGCUGAUAGGAAACGCCUUUUUAAUAUGAUAAAUGAACUUCCAACAAUAUUCGAGGUUGUGACAGGGACAGCCAAGAAACAAGUGAAGGAGAAGUCAUCAAAUUCAAAUCAUGGCAGCAACAGAUCUAAGUCAAACUCUAAGCGAGGUUCUGAGCCUCAACCCAGGCAUUCAAAGGCAUUGCAAUCAAAGGACGCGGAGGAGGACGAGGAAGAAGGUGUGGAAGAUGAAGAAGAGGAUGAGGAUGAGCAUGGGGAGACACUGUGUGGGGCCUGUGGAGAGAACUACGCAGCUGAUGAGUUUUGGAUUUGCUGCGAUAUCUGCGAGAAGUGGUUCCACGGUAAGUGUGUCAAGAUCACGCCAGCAAGAGCCGAGCAUAUUAAGCAGUACAAAUGCCCAUCUUGCAGCAACAAGAGAGCCAAACAUUGAUGGUUUUUCUGUGGAUACGAAUUCUCGUGGUUGACUGCUAAUUAUCUAGGUCAGGUUUUCUCUCGGUCUCAAGCUUGUAACUUUAGGAAAUUUUAUCUCGGAUCUUUAUAUGUUGUGUAGGUUGCAAGUCUGCUAUUUAUUUCAAUUGAAGUUAGGAUAUUUAAACUUGGGUCGGAAACGUUUUCCUCCCUGUGAGUGGGACUUGUUAUCUGUCUGCGUGAAUGUAGUCCAGUGUUUAUAAAGUUCGCGUGUCUAUUUCACAUUUGGAUUUUCA